CAAGAACGAUUGGUUGCUGUCAUCGCUGUUAUGCUGCAAGAAACAGUGAAUGCAACUCAAAGUCUGUGUCGCCCCACAAAGCUCUCUUCGUUUGAUGGGCCCAAGCCUCAUUUGUCUGCGAGUUCUUACGUCAAAAGAAUCAUGAAAUACAGUGACGCCAGCCCAUGUUGCCUUGUGGUUGGCGCCAUCUACCUUGAACGCUUGAAGAAACGAGACGACAUGGUGGCUCUCACUGUCUACAACUUUCAAAGGUUGUUCCUUGUUGCCGUCAUGCUCGCGUCGAAGUUUCUCGACGACGCCUACGCUUCCAACAGGAUCUGGGCUGAGAUCGGCGGUCUCAUGGUGGAAGAGCUCAAUCACCUCGAGCUUGAGUUUCUCUAUAGGAUCGCCUUCUCGCUUUCCAUCAGCCGUGAGGAGUACGACUGGUACGCCGAAGAGCUUCAUCGAAGAGCAGACUUG